CCCCUGGUAUAAAGUCUUCUGCUUGUGCAGGAGGUUGGACUAAAAGAUCUCCAAGAUCCCUUCAACUCUGUUAUUCUAUUAUUUUGUACUAGCUGUAGCUUCCAGAUUUUUUUCAAAGGGAGCUCCAUGUAAAGCACAUUGUAAUAGUUGAAUUGUAAGGCAACCAGGGAAUGAGGGAUGAUCUGAAGAGCCUACUGAUGAAAGGGCACAGCUUGUGCACACGAUGAACCUGUGAAUUCUUAAAUAAAUGAUUGGCUGGUUUGAUAUAAUGAAGAAUUUUGACAAAUAAGUAGCCCUGUUAUUCAUCAAACCUCUCUGGACCAAUUCUAACCUUAUAGUUAAUCAUUUCAUCUCAUUAUUGUAAAAAAUUAUGUAAAUGUUGCAAGGUUAUUUUUUCCCUGGGCAUCACAAAAGGCUGAUUCUGUCUUUUUUAAUUUCAAAAUGUUUUGCUGCAUUUGCAGCAAGUCAGUUAUUCUGUGAAUCUCUUAAGGUUUGUUUACUGAAUCAGCCAACCUUUGACCAAGUUUUAAAGUUCCAUUACACUUCUCAUUGCAGAAGAAAUUAAAUAUUUACAGAAAAGAAAAAGCUUGAAGGCUCAAGUAAGUUCUGUUUGAUAUGUUCAUGUAAAGAACAAAGGGUUGUUUACAUUCAUUCACCUUUGGAUUAAAAUUCAGCAUAAUGAAAAAGAAGAGUUCUAUGUUUCAGUAUAUUUGCCAACCAGCUACAUGGUUUUUACUUUUUUUUUUUUUCUGGAGACUUUCAGAUGGAGGGAAGGUGUUGGUAAUACCUAUGGAUGGCAGUCACUGGCUCAGUAUUCAACCAGUUAUGGAACGCCUUCAGCACAGAGGACAUCAAGUAGUAGCUGUGGUUCCUGAUGUUAAUUUGCUGAUGAAACCAUCUGAUCAUUACAUAGUGAAAACAUUUGCUGUACCCUAUUCAAUGGAAUACUUGAAAAUGGAAUUUCAGAAAUUGGGUCAUAAGAUUUUUGUACAUCAGUCUUUUCUGGCAAGAAUUACUGAGACAUUUGCAAGAAUAAGGAAUAUUACAAUGUUUUACUUAAAUAACUGCAAGCAGCUUUUGUACAACAAAGAUUUGAUUACUUACCUUCAAGAUAGCAAAUUCAAUGUUGUAGUUAUGGAUCCAGUGUCUCCAUGUGGUCAAAUUGUGGCUGAGUAUUUAUCCAUCCCUUCUCUUUUCUACUUACGUGGACUUCCAUGUGGUUUAGAUUCUGAGGCAACUAAGUGUCCAAACCCACAUUCCUAUAUCCCCAAAUUCUAUACAGGCAGUACUGAUCAUAUGACAUUUAAUCAACGAGUAAAUAAUUUUUUAUUUGGUUCAUUUCAAUUCAUGGUGUGUUACUUAGUUUAUUCACCAUUUGAAGUUUUGAUCAAGGAAUUCCUGCAUCGAGAUAUGACGGUAUUAGAGCUAUAUAGCCAAGCUUCAAUUUGGCUUCUUCGCUAUGACUUCAUAUUUGAAUAUCCAAGGCCUAUCAUGCCAAAUAUGGUUUUCAUUGGGGGUAUAAACUGUGCAAAGGAGAAUCCAUUAACACAGGAAUUUGAAAACAUAUUAGAGAAAUCUGGUGAAGAUGGAAUUGUGGUGUUUUCCAUGGGAUCAAUGCUUUCUGAAAUUAAAAUGGAAAAAGCCAUGGAAAUUGCUGGAGGAUUGGGAACGAUAACACAGACAGUGUUGUGGAGAUAUACUGGUGAAGCUCCAAUCAAUCUUGCCAAUAAUACAAAGCUGUUUAAUUGGCUUCCACAGAACGAUCUACUUGCUCAUCCAAAAACCAGAGCUUUUAUCACACAUGCGGGCUCCCAUGGGAUCUAUGAGGGGAUUUGUCAUGGAGUACCAAUGGUAUUAAUACCACUUUUUGGAGAUCAAGCAGACAAUGCAGUGCGGAUAGAGUCUCGAGGAGCAGGAGUAAAGCUGGAUGCAGUUAAAAUGACAUCAAAGGACUUGUCCAGUGCACUGAGGACUGUUAUUUAUGAUAAAAGGUAUAAAGAGAACAUUCAGCGUCUUUCAGCUCUUCAUUUAGACAGACCUAUUGAACCUCUUGAUCUGGCAGUUCAUUGGGUGGAGUUUGUCAUGAAGCACAACGGAGCUCCCCAUUUGCGUCCAGCAGCUCAUGACCUCAACUGGAUCCAGUACUAUUCCAUUGAUGUCAUUGCCGUCCUUUCGGCUGCAACAUUCCUUUUUCUGUUUAUCUCACUGAAGGGUUGUCUGUUUUGCUGCAAGAAGUAUUUCUGCAAAAGUGUAAGACUAAGCAAAAAAGGCAAGUCAAAAUCCCAAUAAUUAAAAAAAUUCAAAUCAAAAUGAGGUAGGGUAUUUUAUUAUUUUUUAAACAAAUUUAUACCAAUUUGCACACAACCCUUAACUUAUAAAGAAAGUGUUCUUGUCAGUGGUGGGAUUUAGCCGGUUUGCACCACUUCAGCAGAACUGGUAGCUAAUUUUUUGUUGCUCAAGCCCAGAAUGGACUUCUAGAAGCAGCAUCCACACAGAGAACUGGUUGUUCACAUAUUUGAAUCCCACCACUGGUUCUUGUUUUUGUUGGUAAAUGAUAAUGAAGCAUAGAAAAGUGCUUUGAUUGAUGCCUUGGUGCCUCCAAUCAAAAGAAUCAAGGUCAGCCACUUUGCUCUGCCUUACUUUGAUGAAAAUGCCAUGAAAAGCCAGCAUAACAGCUGUUUUGAUUUUCCUAAAAUUGGGCACAACUGUCUUUUGAAAAACUAGAUUAAAGGGUGUUUUGUCUAUGGUUUGAUUAAAGUAAAGCACUUCUUGAACAGAACCUGAAUCAGAAUCUUCAGAUGAUCUUUUAAAUCAAGCAGAAAACACAAAUCAUUUGAAUCAUUUAAAGCCUACAUUAACAUAUUAGAGGGAAUUAACAGCCUGUAAGAAUGUUUCACAAUCCUAUAGUUUGUGGAGCUCUUCAGAAAUCAGCUUUAUUUCUAAUUUGUCUUCACUGUGAAGGACUGCAGGGUUUAAUAAAUAAUGAAAAAACUAGAAAGAAUGAUUAGAUAUAAUGAAUGAUAGAUGGUUUUUCAUCUUUAACUAUUGCAUGUAUAGGACAUAGAUUUUUCAGUAAUGUAACUUAACAUAUGGGAAGGGGGGAGGGAGCAAAUAUAAAAUUGUUUAGAGUAGAGUAGAGUAGAGUAGAGUACAGUAGAAU